AUCUAACUUCUGGCUAUAAUUCUCAGAAAAUUUUGCCACCAUGUUUGUCCCAUUUAAAGAUUCCAUAAGAAAUGCUUUACUCUACGAGUUUCAUAAAGGUGUUAAUGCAAGUGCGGCAGCAUGAUCUGUUCAGAGCCCUUAUGGGGAUGAUGUAGUGAAUGAAAGAAGUUGCAGGAGGUAGUUUUUCCCUUUCCGAAGUGAUGAUUUCACUUUGGAAGAAGAGCCAAAAGAGGCGUCGUCCAAAAAAACUUGAUUCCGAAAUGUUAGAAGCUCUUGUUUCAGAGAACUCUACCGUUACCAUUAGGGAACUUGCAGAACUGUUAAACGUGGCCCAUACAACCGUGAUACGGCAGCUAAAACACACUGGAAAGGUUUCAGUGGCUGGAAAAUGGGUCCUUCACGAGCUGUCUCCAGAUAAUCGACAUCAGAGUCCUGAUUGUUGUUAAUCAUUGCUUUCGAGAUACUUUCAAGCAUCAUUUUUAGACAGGUUUUUUACAGGUGAUAAGAAGUAGAUUCUUUGCCAUAAUGUUAAAUGCUGCCGUUCUUGGAUCUGUCGAGAGCAGGACUUCACCCAAAGAAGAUCAUGUUGAGUGUAUGGUGGGAUAUUAAAGGAGUAAUCCAUUAUGAACUGUUGGACAACAAUCAAACAAUUAAUGCUAAUCUUUACUGUGAGCAACUUCGUCGUUUGAAAACAGUUCUGAGCCAAAAGCGAGCAUCCUUGGUUAACAGAAAAAGUGUCAUCUUCCAUCACGAUAAUGCUCGUCCUCACACAACUCGACUGACCAAAACUCUCUUGGAAGAACUUGGUUGGGAAAUACUGCUUCAUCCUCCAUAUUCUCCUGACCUUGCUCCUUCUGAUUACCAUUUGUUCCGAGGACUACAGAACCAUUUUGAUGGACUUAUGUUAACAACAAGAGAAGAGAUUGAAAAUGCGUUGGAUUCAUAUUUUGGUUCUAAACCUACAGAGUUUUACAAGUGAGGCAUUUAUAAGGUUGUUGAAAGAUGGGAAAAGGUCAUUGAAAGCAAUGGAGAGUUUGUUAAUGAAUAAAUAUUUCCAUAGUCA